AUGGCUUCUGAUGAUUAUGAUUCAAGUUUCUACUUGGUUAAUGAUGAUGGUGAUGAUGUGUGGUACCAUUCCAUUAGUAAACUCAUUGCCUUAGUCGCUCUGGUUCUAACUGUCAUCUUAAUCUAUUUCUAUGCGUGGAGUACUUACAGACGUCACAGAAGAGAAGCUGCUCAACCAUCCAUUGAUAAUGGAGUCUCAACACAAGUGGUGGUGCACUCUCGCCGCCCACUGCCCGUCGGCAAGGUUCUCCAUCCAUCCGUCAUUGCUUCACUACCCACCUUCGUCUACAAAGCAGCCCACCACCUCCAAAGCAGCACUGACACAGUAGAAUGUGCAGUUUGCUUGAGCAACUUAGAGGAAGGAGAUAUGGGAAGGCUAAUACCUACUUGCAAGCAUAUGUUACACUUACAAUGCAUCAAUAUGUCGCUGAGCUCUCACUCUACAUGCCCCAUCUGCCGUUCUACUAUACGAGAAGCCUCAAGCAUUGCUCAGAAUAAUGAGAUGAAAUUGGAUUUAUUUAGCCCCGCAACAGAAAGUGCAUAG